GUCUGAUUUGCGACGUUCGGUGUAGCGCAUCUUAUAGUUUAGCUAAAAAUCUUUUUUGAUACUCCAACGGUUUUAACAUUUAAAAACCCAUAAAAUCGGUAUAAAUCUUUUAAAGCAUCCCUGAACAAAUAAGUGAUAAAUAGCAGUUACUUUUUCACAUCAUAAACGAAAUACACAGAUAAAUCACAAAAAUGUCUCACUCAGUAACAAUUACAAGGACUACCACCAGUACUACUAAUACCUCAUAUAUUGUACUAAAUACAGGAUAUAUGAAAACAACCCCUGGAAUUUUGAAACUUUUGCAGCUUCUUAUUGGUGCAGCAUGUGUUGGAAUUUUCGCCUACUACUUUAACAACCACAGCGGUUUAUUGAAUGGUCCAUCGUAUCUGUUCUUUUUCUUGAUGGUGACAACAUUUAUGAUUGGAACGUUUUGUCUGUUACUCGCAUGCCUUACUUCAUUAAGUACAGGAGGCAUUAUUGCGAAAACAAUUUAUGAACUCAUAUAUCACUGUGUCGCUGCCAUUUUGCUAUUGGUUGCCUCCCUAUUAAUACUCAUUGAUUUGACUGACUCCAGAUAUAAGAACUACAAACAACACGAUGCCUAUAUGGUAGCUGCAAUUAUGGGUCUUGUCAACAGUCUUUUGUACUUCAUAAGUACAUAUGUCGCACAUAAAUCAUACCGUGGAAUCUAAGCCAAAGUUAUAAGUCUUCUUUAAAGUCUGUCAAAAGCUUUUUUCUUCUGUUAAGAGCCGAAAUUGAAAAAUUUGAAUUUAAACAGAUCAUGAAUAUUAAUUCAAAAUCAGAUAACUUUUGUAUUGCUCGAUAUCUUAUUAUUUAUUUAGUCAUGUAAGAGAUUUCAAAGUGUUCUAUAUAGGUACCAAAAGAGAAAAAAAAAUACAACACAAAAAAUUAAACUUUACAAUUUUUCGAAUACUGCAUUAUUAUAAUAUAUACA